ACAAUUUCAUAACAAUGUGACUUUACUUCAAAACCACAUUCGCUUCAGAGCUACCAAUAUUUUUUAAUUGUUGUUGUUAUUCGCAUGUACCUACUAUUUUUUUCCUCAUAUUUCUCUUUUUACAUUUUAAACUAAUGAAUGCUUGAGUUAGGGAAGAGAGUGAUAAGAAAAUCCGUCAGUGUCUAGUUAUUUGUAAUUGUAUCGCAGCAGUGCGACAGUAUUCUUUGCUCUGUGCAGUUAAAUAGCAACAGGAACAAUGAAGAGGUUCCUGUUUUUAGUGGUGAAUUGUAUAUUCUGGAUUGAGAAUACCUCCGGCCAUGAUAAAUCAUACAUAGAUUUGUUAGAUAGCCGGAGUACGUACGAUUUAAACUUGGAUUUAGAAGAAAAAGAUGACUCAAGAUUCAAGCGACAAGCCGUGUUUCAAAACCCGGAUACAAAAUAUUCAGCAUGCAAGGGUCCCACUGGACAGCCUGGACAUUGCACCCAUAUAAUGUAUUGCCGAAUGCCGGAGCUAAAAAACGAUAUAUGGAGGAUUGUCGAUCAACUAUGUAUCAUUGAGAAAACUUCCAUUGGUAUUUGUUGUCCUGACAACUAUCGUUCCGGAUUGAAUUCAAUUUCUGUCCCAGAAAUAAUAACAAACAUCAAUGAUAAUCGCCUUAGUGGAGACCCAAGAAUCGUUAAUAGACCUGAAGAACGAGGUUGUGGUAUAACUACAAAACAAUUUCCUCGAAUAGCUGGUGGAAGACCGGCCGAGCCCGAUGAAUGGCCAUGGAUGGCAGCAAUUCUUCGUGAUCGUCUACCACAUGUUCACUGCGGUGGAGUGUUAGUCACUAAUAGGCAUGUACUUACAGCAGCACAUUGCGUAUAUAAUGUUUUAAAAGACGAUAUAUUUGUUCGUUUGGGCGAGUACGAUUUUCAGCUAUUCAAUGAAACACGAUCUAGAGACUUUCGUGUUAGCAGCAUGAUACAUCAUGUAGAUUUUGAUGCACAAACUUAUCAAAACGAUAUUGCUUUAGUUAAAGUCGACCGACCAACGCUGUUCAAUACGUAUAUUUGGCCAAUAUGCAUACCACCCAUCGGAGAGAACUGGGAAGGCUGGAAUGCCAUUGUAACGGGCUGGGGUACUCUAUUUUUCAGUGGACCACAUUCUAAGAUUUUGAUGGAAGUGACCGUACCUGUUUGGAAACAUAGUGUGUGCGAAAAGUUGUUUGUUGAACGUGUUGAUGAUACUUUAUUGUGUGCUGGAGCUGUUGAGGGCGGUCGUGAUUCAUGUCAAGGUGAUAGUGGUGGUCCAUUGAUGGCUCAACUACCGAAUCGUCGUUGGAUUGUAAUAGGUCUUGUUUCAUGGGGAUUGCGCUGUGGUGAACGAAAUCGUCCUGGAUUAUACACACGUGUUGACAAAUAUCUACCGUGGAUUCUGGAAAAUUCUCUUGAUCCCUGAUUUUUUUUUAAAUAUUUUUGUACAUGUCUUACAUCAAUUAAAGUCUUUCUUCAGUAAUUUUUUUUAAA